AUGGUAGGCCACUCCCGGACGCAAAGGGGUUAAGCGUCAUUCUAGAAAUUCAUAUGGGUAGUUCAGUAAUUUCGCAGUGUAAAAGAAGCCACCACUUCGUCCAAAAGUAGGGCGCAAUCCACGGCUGGGAGAUUCCGAGUUGGCGACCGUCGGAUCACUAAAUCCAACGGCCCAGAGAGAAACCCUAACCGAUCCAUAGCACUCCUCUCGCCUUUUAAGCCAUACGCAGCCCCCUACCCACACUCGUCCUCUGCACUUCUCUGUUUUCUCUGAACCUUGCCGCUCUCUCCUCUCAUCGGCGAGAGAGUUGCUGCUUCCUCUUCAGGUUUCAAAGGUAAUUUGCUAAAGUUUCAUAAUGGGUAAGGAGAAGGUUCACAUCAACAUUGUGGUCAUUGGCCAUGUCGACUCUGGCAAGUCAACCACCACCGGGCACUUGAUCUACAAGCUUGGAGGUAUUGACAAGCGUGUUAUUGAAAGGUUUGAGAAGGAGGCUGCUGAGAUGAACAAGCGUUCUUUCAAGUAUGCGUGGGUGCUGGACAAGCUCAAGGCUGAGCGUGAACGUGGUAUCACAAUUGAUAUUGCCCUGUGGAAAUUUGAGACUACCAGAUACUACUGCACUGUCAUUGAUGCCCCUGGACACCGUGACUUUAUCAAGAACAUGAUCACUGGUACCUCACAGGCGGACUGUGCUGUCCUCAUUAUUGACUCGACAACUGGUGGUUUUGAAGCUGGUAUUUCGAAGGAUGGUCAGACCCGUGAGCAUGCUCUUCUUGCUUUCACCCUUGGUGUGAAGCAGAUGAUUUGCUGUUGCAACAAGAUGGAUGCUACCACCCCCAAGUACUCUAAAGCUAGGUAUGAUGAAAUUGUUAAGGAAGUUUCUUCCUAUCUGAAGAAGGUUGGGUACAACCCUGACAAGAUCCCCUUUGUACCCAUCUCUGGGUUUGAGGGCGACAACAUGAUUGAGAGGUCUACAAACCUUGACUGGUACAAGGGUCCAACUCUCCUUGAGGCCCUUGACUUGAUUAAUGAGCCCAAGAGACCCACGGACAAGCCCCUUCGUCUCCCUCUUCAGGAUGUUUACAAGAUUGGUGGCAUUGGAACUGUUCCUGUUGGACGAGUUGAGACUGGUGUCCUCAAGCCUGGUAUGGUUGUGACUUUUGGCCCCUCUGGAUUGACAACUGAAGUAAAGUCAGUGGAGAUGCACCAUGAAGCACUCCAGGAAGCACUCCCAGGUGAUAACGUUGGGUUCAACGUGAAGAAUGUGGCUGUCAAGGAUCUCAAGCGAGGGUAUGUUGCUUCUAACUCCAAAGAUGAUCCUGCCAAGGGGGCUGCUAGCUUCACCUCUCAGGUCAUCAUCAUGAACCACCCUGGACAGAUUGGAAAUGGCUAUGCCCCAGUUCUUGACUGCCACACUUCACACAUUGCUGUCAAGUUUGCUGAGCUCUUGACUAAGAUUGACAGACGAUCUGGCAAGGAGCUCGAGAAGGAGCCAAAGUUCUUGAAGAAUGGUGAUGCAGGUUUUGUGAAGAUGAUUCCCACCAAGCCCAUGGUGGUGGAGACUUUCUCUGAGUACCCGCCUCUUGGUCGUUUUGCUGUCCGGGACAUGCGCCAGACAGUGGCUGUUGGAGUCAUCAAGAGUGUUGAUAAGAAGGACGCAAGUGGUGCCAAGGUCACCAAAUCUGCAGCCAAGAAGAAAUGAGAUGUGCUAAUGUUGUGGUCUGCUUUAAUUUUAGAACAGUUCCUUCUAUUGUCGGUGUUAGUUUUUGUUUUUCUUAUUCCGAUUUUGACGGUUUUUGGUCGGUGUUGGGACAAUGGAAAGCUUUCUGACAGUUCCCAGUUUUCAGAGUUGAGCAUCUGGUGGCAAAGCUAGAUGCAAUUGAUUUUGAGCUGGAGCCGCCGCCUGCCAUUUAUCCUGUUUUUAAUUUUACAGUGUUUGAGGUGAGUUAUUGUUCAUGGUCAAUAGACGGGUUUUACUUUGUUCGUCAAACUUUUGUUUUCAUAAUUUAUCUUAGUAUUUUGUUAUUUUGAGUUCAA